UCCUCUUUUUGUUGUUUCCUUCCAACUGCGUCUCGAGGCCAUGGGCGCGGACCGGUCCCCAAAAUUAGGGUUUUCGCCAUGAAGGACCUCUCGAGUGUGUAAGUCACCGAUUGCCCCCAUUCCUUUCGAUUCCUCCAAUCCUGCACUGUUAACUCCCUAAUUCACUGCCCGAGGAAGCCUCGCUUCUUGAUUGCUUGCUUGAUUGAGUUUGCGAGUGGAUUACGGCUCCGAGAUUCGGAGACCUGCGAUUCUAGGGUUAGGUUUUUGCGCCAUUGGGUUGCUUCGUGGCUAGGAAUUGGGCGAUUCUUGCAAGUUUUGCUUCUUCUGAAGAAAUUGUCGUCUAAAAGGCCGCAGAUCGGAACGUGGGUCGAGGAAGACGGGGGGCCGGAGGAGGAAAUUUCAUUCUAGGGUUUGUAGAUUGCUGUAUUUUGCGGUCGUUGGCGAUUGGUUUCUCUGAUUUCGCAGUUGGUUCGGGGAUAAUGUGUAUACUUUGUGUGGUUCAGAGGUGGUCACGGAGGAUCGCCACCUUGCUGCCCUGGCUGCUGAUCCCCUUGCUCCUGUUCUGGGCCAUGUCGCCGUUCCUCCCACCAGGGCUCCGGUUUGAGAUCACCUCGCCCCGGCUCGCCUGUGUAAUGGUCCUCCUUGUGACCCUCUUCUGGUACGAGAUCUUGAUGCCUCAGUUGUCUCUCUGGCGGAGCCGCCGGUCGGCUCGCCUGCGGGAGCGCAGGCGUGCCCUUGCGAUUGAGAUGCAGAAGCUUCGGAAGACUGCCACCCGCAGCUGCCGCAACUGUCACACUCCAUACCGAGACCAGAACCCAGGUGGAGGCCGUUUCAUGUGCUCUUACUGCGGACAUGUUUCUAAGAGGCCGGUCCUGGACCUUCCACGGUCAGUUGGGAGUUCAGGAGUCAAUGAUCUUGUUGGAAAGAAUGGAUGGAUGUGUAAUCAGGAUUGGUCGGCCGAGGGAGGUAGGAAUUGGGUCAACCCCCUCCCCCACUAUUGGCUAAGGGAUGAUCAGUGUUCGAUGGAGAGGUCAUGUUCGAGUGUGGUGCUUUUUCCUUGCAAGCUGCUCUUUUGUUUCUUAGCAAGUGUGAACUGGCUGUGCCGGAAAGCUUUUAGGUUUAGCUUGAGGGAAGAUGGUUCUGAUGCAGUCCACAGAGGGUCAUCAAAUAAGAGAGGGGACAAUGGAGGAAACCUGCAGGAGAGCAGAUGGGAGAAAGUUAGAAGGAAAGCUGAGGAGAAGCGUCAGGCAAAGCUGGAAAAGGAGAUGCUGGAAGAGGAAGAGAGAAAGCAAAGGGAGGAGGUAGCAAAGCUGGUGGAAGAAAGGAGGAGAAUACGUGAUGAAAUGCUGAAAGCCGAGAAAGAGUUGUCAGAGAACAAUGCUGCUGACAGGGAAAGGGAGAACAGGAAGGUUGCCGAGAAAGGAAGGCAUGAAAGGAGGAAGGACAAGGAUAAGGGAUCCAGCAAAAGCAAUUCUGACGUUGAGGACAUAGACAAGAGGAUAAGCAGGGAAAGCGAAAGAAAGCGUGAGUUUGACAAGAAGUAUGAGAAUGAAAGACGAGAUUCAUUGAAAACCACAACAGAGAUACACAAGUCAUAUACCUCAGGGACUUUGCAUGGAAAUAAGGUAACAGCAAGCAAGCCUAGAUACUUUUCUCGCAUGACAGGUAAUUUCCUAUCCUCUUCUAGAGGUUUGAGUGGUGCCUCCUUUUUCGGGAGAAAUACUCAGAUCCCAACUACCGUUAACAAAGUUAGUAAACCAACUAUUGGUUUCAUGGAUCAUGUUUCUGAAAAUAAACGAGACUCUCAAGUGGCUGGAGAUAAAAUGGUCAAGGCUACUUCAAAUGGUGAUAGUAAAGUUCAGGCGGCCAAUAUUCAUCAGCCUCCAGGACAAGUUGCUCCAAGAAGAACAUGGCAUCAACUAUUUACUUAUUCAGCUGCUGUUUGUCCUUACCCUGAUACAACUGCUUCUACAUGUCAAAAUGUGAACAACCAACUAGAAGCUCAAAGUGCACAGUUAGUUAAUCAAAGAUCGCCAGCUAAUUAUUCUGUUGAUAGCCAAAAUAAUAUGGGGCCACCAUUACCUUUCACUGCCUAUAGUUCAGUGGCUUCAGCCAGUGAAGCCUUUAGUAGUUCAGGCUCUUCUUUGUCAGCUGAAUUAUUAUUUCCUUCUGCUAAAGACCCAGAACUAAGGUCAAUAGCAGAUGAAGCAGAACUCUUUGAAGAUCCAGCCUAUAUUCCAGAUCCGAUAUCCUUACUCGGGCCAGUUUCUGAAUCACUUGAUAAUUUUCCGUUGGACUUGGGGGCUGGGUUUCUUUCCAGUGACAAGGUGGAACCUCAAGUCUUAAAAAGUGUAUCUGCUUCUGGAAACAUAUCCAAGCCUUCUCCAAUUGAGUCUCCUAUCUCCAGAUUGCGAGUUUCAGAUGAAAAGCAAACUGUGUUUGGCCAAGCUUCAUGUAAUUCAAGCUCACAGGAUUCACAUCCUGUGAAUGCAAAUGCAUCACAGGGUACAUGGCAAAUGUGGGGAACUCCGCUGGCUCAGGAUGGCUUGGGACUAGGUGGACCUUCCAGCUGGUUUUUACCUAUAGGGCAGAAACAUCUUAAACAAGAAGUUACUGAAUUUCCUUUUCCUCACAAUUCUAUGGCAUCAUUAAGUGAAAAGGAGAGUCCUACCCUUCUGGGUAUACAGUCUUCUCAGCAUGUUUGUGAUGGUAAUCACCAGAAUGGAGAGACAUAUAGUUUACUUGGUGCUCGUAUGAAUAUCAGCGAUCAUCUGAUGCAGAAAUCACCCUUGCAGUCAUUGCCUGUUGAUGGUGAAAGUCUUUCACUUCCUCCUAGUCUCAUAGAUACUAUGCAGCACACUGACUCAACCCAUAGUAGUCCAAACAGGUCAUCUGCUGACUGCCAUUUUGAGCCAUCCCCUGCAAAUUGUUGGUUCAGUGAUCGUGGACUUCUGGGUCUUGGCAGGUUGGAGUGGGCACUUGAUGGUCCUCAGCGAGAUGAAAAGUCUACCCUUGCAAAUCCAAAUGUAGAAGGCUUGUUCUCGGCUAGUCCCGAUACAGAAUCAGUCUGGUCAUUCAGUCAAAACGAGACGGUAUAAAAUACUAGAGAAACUGCACAUUUUAUUUUACUGCAAAUGAAAUGGUCAUUUCACUAGCAUGAAUAGAUGGCAUGCAUUGAUUGAUGCAUUCAUGCAUCCCUUCAAGAUGCUCAUUAGUCUUGGUAGAAUGAAUCCAUAUGCUAGCCGGGUCAUAGUGAAGCUCAUCGUUUCUUUUCCAUUCCCCCCCUGGUGGGUUGUCAUUUUAAAAUGAUAUUUAUGCCCUUUGCAAUCAAUUCUAACCUAUCUCUGGCAUAAUGCUGAUAAAGGUUUUAGACCUAUAA